CACCUUCAGCUGCCCUGCCCAGUUGUUGUCAGCAAGUGAAAUUCAGUGAAGCUCUGGAAACAUAUUCACAUUCCAGCCUCAGCCACUGACACACUGAGAACACAAGCAUAAACCAUGGCCUCCACCUUUCCUAGGAAAUCAUAUCCUCCUGUGACCGACAAGAGCAAGUCUAGUGUGGUAGAGGACAGUAAAAAGAAGUCUUCCCUCCUGAAGGACAACAGUUGGAUCAAGAAAGAUGGGAGUGAUGAUAAACCAGUGGACCUGAACUCAAACUUUGGAAGAAGUGUCCUGGGCCAGUUCAAAUCUACUGAAAAUCUUAGCAGCUCUUCAGAAAUAAACAGCAGCACCACCACGACCACCUCCUCCACAGUAACUCCCAUUAGUCCAACAAAAAAAGUCCAGUCCCUGUCAAAAAGAUUCAGUACGAGUCAGGAUGAGCUGGAUUCAAGCAGCAAUACUACUACUACAUCUUUCAAAAAUGGUACAAAGACAACAGUAACUACAAGCAGAACAUCUGUGGUGAAGACACCAACCAAAACGGAAACGUUCACUGAAAAGGUCUUCGCAGACUCCAAGACCAAUGCUGGGAAAAUUCAAACUCCGCCACUUGUCGAGGCAACUACAAAAAGAGACAUAAAAACAGUCAAACCACCAUUGCCCAACAAGACCACCAAAAACGAGACUUUCACAGUGAUUACUUCUAAGGAUAAGACUGUUCAAGAAGAAAAGAAGACUGUCAAAACUGAGACAGCACCAUCUUCACCCACCAAGUCCACCAGGACAGAAACUGUCACUGUGACUACUUUUAAAGACUCCAUAGUAAAAGAAGACAGCAAAACUGCCAAAUCAGUACCACCAAUCUCACCCUCCAAGACCACCAAGACAGAGACCAUCACUGUGGAUACUAUGAUGGGCAAAAUAAUUCAAGAAGACACCAAAUCAGUCAAAUUAGCACCACCAGCCCCUCCCACCAAGAGCACUACAAGCACAACCUAUAAAAGUACUACUCCAACAUCUAAGACAACAUCCUAUUCCAUCAGCUCCAAAUCUAGUGCUGAGGAUGAGUUGUUUGAUACCCUUAUCCCCACAUCCAUCAAGUCAACCUAUGCAUCUGACACAAGGAAUGAUAAAAGCAGUGGAACAAGUUCUACAACGUACACCUCAAGGUCUUACAAAGACGACAGGUUCAAUGAGUAUCUUUCUGAUACGGUGGUCACCGAUUCAGUGAAGACCGUGUCCUCAUCGUCGGACAGUUAUGAUCGCAGAGGCUCCACAAAAAGCUACACUACAACAACUUACUCAGAGAGCAGACCUGAAAAUUUCUCAGACAUCUACACAUCAAGAUCUGUUGGAACAGUUUACACAACACCUGAAAGGAAAAUCGUAGAAAGGGAUCUUUGCACACUCUGCCAGAAACCAAUGCUUGCGGAAACAAAAAUGAUUCUAGAGGAUGUGGAUAUAAAGUGCCAUGCCAGUUGUUUCAAGUGUGAUGUGUGUAAGUGUUCUCUUGGAAAUCUGAGAGCAGGGGAUAGUUUGUGGUUGUACCAGCGUACGGUGCAUUGUGAGGGCUGCUUUGGUGUCACAAGGAGUAAAUGGAUUCGCUGAAGAUGAACUUUCUGCAAAACCAUGAAGUGCAGAGACAUUAAGGAAUUUUACAUGAUGUUCAAAUAGUUCUAUAUGGGAAUAAGAUGCAUAUCAAAUAUACCUAAGCAGGGGUUAUUCAUUUAAAAUACAAGAAAGAUAAGGCAUUCUGGGUGUUGGAUCUGUUGAAAAUGCAGGGAAGGGACUCAUUUCUUCUUUUUUUUCCCUCCAAAUAAAUAUAUAGUUUGUUCUUUCAAUAUUUCAUCACACUUUAGUCAAUUGUAAACUGAAUUUGAAUUAACAAAAUCAAUUAUGAUUAAAGAUUUGGGGCAAUUUCUUUAAGCUUUUAUUUUAUUUUCUUUUAUUUUAUUAUUAUUUUAUUUUUUAUUUAUAUAUAUAUAUAUAUAUAUAUAUAUAUAUAUAUAUAUAUAUAUAUAUAUAUAUAUAUAUAUAUAUACUCCAUUUUGGUUUGACCACCAAUAAAAUUGUUUUUAAAUGGUAUAAAGCAUCUCACUUAUUUAGUAUAACAAUCCAUGCCACAAAGAAGCUUUUUUAAGAUCUGUUUAACAGGAACACAUUUAUUUCUGCAAUAAGCGAAAUAGCCAGGUAAAGAGUUUAAUUUAGUCAAAUAUCAUCAAUAAUGUAACAAUGUGAUCUGAGUGAUUGUAGCAUGGCUGUUAGAAACCCAUGGACUAGUUUGAGUAUUUCAAACUCUUUAGUGAAUGUCAGUUUUACGAGUGUUAACACUUCAUUAAUGAGAGAGGACAGAGGGGAAUGGCUAUAAUGGUACUAGAUUAACCUGGCAAAAAGGAUACAGUAGCUUUUAUAACUACAUUUUACAACCAUGGAAAAGCAUCUGACACAAUAUCUGAGGCUUAUCAGACCACAUCAGACCCCAGUCUUAAAAAAAGAUGGGCCAUUGUGUAAAAUGAAAAUAAAAUCAGAAUGCAAUUACUUGCAAAUCUUUAUUUUAUUCAUAACAGAACAUAGAAACCAUAUCAAAUAUGUCCUUUUAAGGAGAAAAUAAGGUAAUUUUAAAUUUAAUGGUCGCUACACAUCAAAAACCUGGGACAGGGCUAUGUUUACCACUGUGUGGCAGUCCCUCUAUUUUAACAGCAGUCCAUAUAAGUCUGUGUACUGAUUAGACUAGUUGCUGGUGUUUUGUAAGAGAAACCCCCAUACCAUAAAUGUUGCAGGUUUUUUUAACUGAGCACUGAUCACCUUUGAGUCUGGAGUAUGUGGUGUACAUGGUUUUCAAAAAGAGUUUCACGUUUCUUUUUGUCUGACCACAGAAUAGUUUUCCACAUUGCCUUGUCUUUGCAUGAGGUUUAACUUGCAUUUGUGCACUGUAUAACAAACUGUGUUCACAGACAAUGAUUUCUGGAGGUCUCUGAACCCAUGCAGUGAUUUACAUUACAUACAGUAUUGAUUUUCAGUUGAUUGAUAUUCAAAGUCUUUACAAUUGUAUGUUGAGAACUGGUGAACUUCUGCCCAUCUUUUCUUUUGAGUCUCUGACUCUAGGAGAUACUCUAUUUAUACAUAUCAUGUUACUGGCCUGUAAAUCAACAUUUGAUAUGUUUUCUAUGCUCUGUUGUGAAUAAAAUAUAGAUUUAUGAGA